AUGGCGCGGAUCACGACGCACCUGCGCGCGAAGGUCGCGGACCUCGAUUCGAACGCGGCCGUCUCCGAGAGCGACCGCGCGACGCUCGUCGCGUUUCUCGCGCUCGCGGAGUCGCGCCUCGCGACGGCGACGACGUACUACACGUGGAUCGAUCGCGACCGGUUCCGCGCGCACACGCGCGAGGCGUACGGCGCCGCGUUCCCGGCGCCGAUGAGCUACAUCCUUCCGUGGCUGUGGCGGAGAGGCGUGAUGCGUCGACAUCGAUCAUCGGGGGGAUCGUUUUGGGAGGGCGGCGAGGAGGGGGUGACGCGCGGCGUCCGCGACGCGUACGCCGCGCUGGAACGACGCCUGAUGGACAGCGGCGGGCCGUUUUUCUUUGGCAAAACCCCGACGUCGCUCGACGCGCUCGUGUUCGCGCAUCUGAGCUACCACGCGCGCGCGCCCGUCGGGGACGCGCUUCGCGUGGAGCUCAAAAAGCACCCGGGGCUGGUGACGUACGUGGAAGAGAUGAGGCGCGUCCCGCUCCCACUGGUCCCCAUACGACCCCGUCCGCGUGGUGGAACGCGGAUCCUUAAGGACUUUCUCUCCCGGCGUUCGUUUCUCUCCGCCGCGCGCCUCGUCGCCUUUCAACUCCUCCGCCUGACGCCUUUCAACUCCACCCAAUCGCGCCUUUCAACUUCGACUGACGCGCCCCCGAACGCCGAACCUCGUCGAUUAAUCAGCCGGCGCCUCUUCCCGAGCGAGGACGGGUCCUCGCUCGGCGAGGGCGGCGACGCCGCGCACGCGCUGGACUCCAGCGCGUGGAUCGAGCCCCCGACCGCGUCGAAGAGAGACCGCGCGCGUGGGUGGUGGGGAAGCGGCGGCGGAAAGGAGGAGAAGCUCACGGCGAAGGAGAUCGCGUUUCGAAGGCGAUCGCGGUACUCGGGCGCGUUCUCAUCCAUCACACUGGUCCCCAUACGAGCGCUGUUUUUCGCCGUCGGCGCGGUGUUGUCGUAUCUGUUCCUCGGCGAGGUCGUGACGUUCGCGAUGAGCGGCGACGGCGGCGACGGCGGCGGGGCGGCGGACGAUGACGACGACGACGAGAUGUCGGAGGCUGUGGAAGCGGACGAGGGGUUCGAGGACGACGACGACGACGACUUGGGGGGCGACUAG